GGCCAGGAUGGUCAAAGACGAGGUACCCAAUAAAGGUGAAGGUGCCAUGCGAGCGGCAAUUAACGACAUUGUGACCAAAGUUAUCGAGCAGUUGAAGCACCAGAACACACCCCAACCCAACGGUGCGUCGAUCAGCAAGGCGCCCACAUUCAGCGAGUACAGGCCAGUCACCCAGCAGGAAGUCAAUACUGUAAAGUCUGCAUUUCCUGACAAAAUCCGGAACGAGUGCCCCAACAAGCAUUGGUAUGCUGUCGGUGACUGUGGACAAGCCGUGGUCAGCGGCAAGUGUGUUGAGUGCAAGGCGAUGAUUGGCAGAUUUUAAGGCCGC